CACCCACAAACAAAGGAUGAUAGCCGAGUGAUCAGCGCCACUGGACCUCACUGACGGUGUGGGGUGUGGUUAACGGAGGGGGCGGGGCUUGACCAAUGGGAGCUGGUAGCCUGGGGUUGAUCCCCUCCAGCAGCAGGCGGGUUCAUCUUCCCAGAGUGACAUUCGAGAGACUGCACCUUGUCCUCUACAAGCCGCAGUGUCCUGAAAACGUUCCUGCUACGCAAGGUACUUGCCUGUCAUUGCUGUUCUGUGUGUGUGUGUGUGUGUGUGUGGGGGCGCAGAACCAGACAUGAGUCUGAGUUGAGUUGGACAGGAUGACAACGUUACAAACGCUGACUUCGGGACACAGAGAUGCCAAUGCGCAAGACAGCUGAUCCAGGUGUGUGUUUUCUCCAGAGAAUUGUACCAGCGCUGUAUUCCCAGCCUCCUUGGCUCUGCAUGCAAUGACCCAGAGGAACAGCUCGGUCCUGCUCUCUCUGCUGGGCUCCUGGAUCCUGCAGUGUCUUAACGGUACGCGGGAGCCGCCCUCAUCUGUCCCCCAGGGGUUGAACCAGGGGCUGAACCAGGCGUCGAACAGGGAGCAGGACCAAGGCAUGAUCUACCUGGUGCUGAUGGUCGGCCUCUUCAGCUUCUUCACUUUCGGCAUCAUGCUGAGCUACAUCCGCUCUCGCAAGGUGGAGGGAUCCAACGAUCCGUACCACCAGUACAUCGUCAGAGACUGGACCCGACCGCUGGUCCUGGCUUCUCCCGCACUGCCCCAGGGGGUUGGUCACCAGGAGCCUGUGGUCCUUGGCAACUCUGCUGUGCUGGAAGCACUUCCUGAGUGAGCAGUCUUCACAGAAUGGGACCGCUGUUAACCCAGCGUCUAUCACCUGAGGACCUGGCUUUGACCGUGUGCGUGUGGAGAGAGUGGACCCCUCUGUCCCGUUGCCAGAUCCGCCUUGUGUCACUAUGGAGGUCAUAUUUCUUGUAUGAGUAACUCGUAGCUCACUGAAACUGUUGUUGUUCAUGUUUUAGAGCCUAAAAAUAAGUGGCAUAAACUACA